GCGGCCCUGCUGAUUCUGUGGAGAUUGCCGAGUCGCUUUACUCCAGCUUCUCGAACCUCGAUAUUGUCAAGCCAGACAACGUACAGCAGCUUAGCACAUAUUUUCUUGCCUCCUAUUCUCAGUCUAAGGCGUGUUUGGCUGACUACCGUAGGCAUAUUCAGCUGCGCAGAAGCCACGCCGCGCAGCGAUCUUUCAAAGAAAGCUGUUUUCGGCGCCGCACCUUCUGUGAUUCAGGCCCUGAUCUCAAGCCUGCCUGUCUCCAGCUCCAGUAGCUGCGCACAUACCUUCACUCCGUACUGCAUCGCAUCGGUCACAGAUGGCGUGCCUAGCAGCCAGCUCGCAAGUCGCAUUCAGAGGCGUGGCUCUCAGCCAUGCGCAGGCGGUCAGCAAUGCGAAUGUCGGUGGAAAAGCCGCCAGAAGACCCGUGGUUCGCUGCAAGGUGGCGUCGCCCGCGGUCGACAAGGCCGAUGCGUCCGCGUCCGCGGGCGAGUACACGCCGACCAGCGACGCGUCCACCAUGAACAUCAUGACCGGCGCCAUCAACGCGCUCUUCGGCUUCCAGCCGUUCUUCCGGUUCGCGGCGGGCAAGGCGCGCGAGAUGAUGGUGAAGCGCGGCGACGCCAUCGGCUUCCCAUGGGCGCCGCGUCUCGCGGAGCUCAAGCGGCACGACUGGGACGAGGAGCUGCGAUUGGUCGGCGCCACGAGCCGCGUCGCGAAAGACGCCAGCGGGGAGUACGUGUACCCGGAGUACUACACAAAGCCGUUCCACGCGUACGAAAAGGGUAACCUUUCGCUGGACGCGGCGCUGGAGGUGGAGCUGGCGGCGAAGGCUGUGCACGCGCCGAUCUUCGACCCCGAGAGCAAGGUCCUUGACCCCGAAGGGGACGCCAACCUGCGCAAGGGGUACCACGCGAAGCUGGUGGAGCAGCUGCGGAUCAAGCCGCAGACCAUUGUGGACCUGGGCUGUGCGUCUGGGCUCAGCACCUUCGCCCUCUUCCAAACCUUUCCUGACGCCAAGCUGAUCGGCCUGGACCUCUCGCCGUACUUCGUUGCCGCGUCAAACUACAACGUCAGAGAGAAGAGCAAGCAGGCGGGCCGCGAGCUGCCUUUCACGUUCAUCCAUGCAGCAGCGGAGGACACGGGGCUGCCUGCUGGGUCGGUGGAUCUGGUGUCCAUCUGCCUCGUGUGCCACGAGCUGCCACGGUCGGCCACCAAGAAGAUCAUAGAGGAGGCGCACCGCAUCUUGAGGCCGGGGGGCGCAUUUGCAGUGAUGGAGAUGAACCCGAGGUCGCCCUUCUUCCAGAAGAUCUCCAACAACCCCUUCGUCUUCGCGGCCUUCAAGUCAACGGAGCCGUACCUGGACGACUACCGCACGUUCCCCAUUGAGGAUGCCAUAGCGGAGAGGGGCUUCGAGUACCCCCAGCAGAUGGAGAGCAGCCCGCGGCACCGCUGCAUCGUGGCGCACAAGCUAUGAUCAGCGUGCUUGUGGAAAUCCGUGUGUAAUGAGUCGAUUUUUGAGUCGACUCAAAAUCGACUCAUUACACUCGUGGCGCACAAGCCAUGAUCAGCGUGCUUGUGGAAAUUCGCAUGCGAGGGUCUAGGGCGUGCGGAUGGAGGGCUCAGAGCAGCCCGUGCCACCGCUGCAUCGUGCGGGACAAGCAAUGAUCUGGGUGCUCAUGGAGACACGGAAAUUAACUAUGUGUAUCAAUAGUGUGUGCAUGAAUAAAAGGUGUGAGACAUCCCUAGUCACCAACCUUGUUGGCUCUUGAAUAUUGUAGAACGACGGAUAGCAUUGUGCGCAGAAGAUAGCUGAAAACAACCUUGGUAGUAUCGG